AUCUAACAAAGUGCCCACAAACUAAGCUGGGGAAUAACCCAUUUCUCGGUAAUUUUGAUUAAUCAGUAUUUUGGAUAAAUGUUUUGUAUAAUACUUUAGUUUCACGAGGUGAGCUGUUCAGUUAAGAUAUAAUUAUCAGUGUUAUUUAGUGCAUUUUUAUACUUUAAUUAUGUUGACAGAAAAUUAUUUUAGUGAUUAUACUUCCCUUGAAAAGAGUAAUAUGUCUUAUCCAAAUAUGUUAACACCACCUUCAAGUUCUGAAGAUUCUCCACAUUCAACUUAUUUAGUGGCAUCACCUAGUUCUAAUACAUUUGAAUAUGACAAUUAUGAGUAUGCUCCUGUACAACCUAUUAUCUACCCAAAGCCUACUGUCAUUGUAGAUCCUAAUUUACUCACGGUAAAAAUGGAAGGUCCAACAACACCCUCUGCAACACUACACUUUGUAGAACAACCAACAGAUCGGUUUAGAUUUCGCUAUAAGUCAGAAAUGGCGGGAACCCAUGGAAGUCUUACUGGUAUUAAUUCCGACAAAUCGAGGAAACCAACAUAUCCCACAGUAGAACUAAGAAAUUGUGGCAAUCACGACAAAGUUGUUAUAAGAUGUUCAAUAUAUCAAGCAAAUGCAAACCCUAAAGGUUUUUAUCCUCAUGCUCACAGAUUGAUGAUGAAAAGAGGGCGUGAAGAGUUCGACGAUCCUCAUGAUGUGGAGGUUGGGCAUGAAGAUGGCUUUAGAGCCGUAUUUCAAGGAAUGGGAAUUAUUCACACCGCAAAGAGAAAUCUGGUAACUGAAUUGGUAAGAAAAAAGGUUCAACUGCAAGAGGAACAUGUUGCCAGAACGGAAAACAGAAGAGGAUUGACCCAGAAGGAAGUAGUAGAGAUUAAGGGGUUGGCUGAGAGCGAAAGUAAAUCAAUUAAUCUGAACAUAGUUUGUCUAAGGUUUGACGCUUAUAUUAAAAAGAAUGGUAUAUUAUUUCCUCUUUGUGAGCCUAUUUUUUCACAUAGUAUCAACAAUUUGAAGAGCGCCUUAACGGGUGAUCUUAAAAUUGUUAGGCUAGAUCAUGUCGUUAGCCCAGCGAAAGGAAAUAAAGAAGUCUUCAUAUUGGUUGAAAGAGUCACGAAAAAAAAUAUUAAAAUCCGAUUCUAUGAACUUGACGAUGACGAAAACGUUGUUUGGGAAGGUUGGGGCCAAUUUAACGAUUUGGAUGUCCAUCACCAAUACGCAAUCGUAUUUAAGACACCCAAAUAUAGAGAUGAAAACAUCACUUCUCCAGUCAAUGUCUUCGUUGAAUUGGUACGACCGUCGGACCAAGCUCGCUCAGAAGCGCGAGAAUUUAGAUACGUACCAAAUAAAAAUAUGGCCAAACCUGGGCAAAAGCGUGCCCGAUACGAUUAUUACUCGUCUUCCAGCUACGAUAGUUCCAAUGUAGGAAGCGAAGAAUUACCAGCUGUAAUCAAUACACUUCAAAUUGGACAGGACUCUCACAUGUCCUUUAAUAACAUUCCAAGCGGUUUAAGUGACGAGAUAAAAAGAGCUCUGACUGAUAUGAACUCUGAUGAGUUCCAACAACUACAUGACGCUCACGCUGAUGAAUAUCUUACACUACUAGAGAAUUUGGCUACUGAUGGAGUUAACGCUAACUCUAUGCCGGUAAGAAAACAACGGCGUGACAUACAAAUUCAAGAACCGAUCAAAAUGGAAGUUUCGAACGAAGACAAGAGAAUGGCGAUAAUGGUAGUAAGUGAAUUGAGAAGUUUUAUAAGGACUACACAUACAGCAGCAAAUGCCAUAACGAUAUUAAACAAGUAUUUUAAUGCAGAUAAUUGUACCAAUGCGCUUCACGUUUGUGCAGCUCUUCGAGAUAAUGAUUCGGCUAUGCUGUUACUGAAAGUAAUAGCAGUCUAUAGAGUGUUUCAUUUAUUAGAUAAAACCAACGACCAAAACUUAACAGCCUUACAUAUCGCAGUUAUGUGUCAUAAUAAGGAUUUGACUAAGGCAUUAGUAUUAUGCAAUUCUAAACUGUCUGUUACAGAUAGUAAUUUAAACACUGUCUUACACAUAGCGAUAAAAUCCAAUGUUCCAAUUGAGAUUUUCGAAACUCUUUUAAGGCCCUCGAGAUAUACUUCCGUGGAUCAGGUGAAAGGCUUUAUUGACAUGGUAAACCUAGAUGGAAAUACCGCAUUGAUGAUGGCUGUCGAGGCAAAUAAAUUAGCUUAUGUCAAGCUUUUGUGCUUCAAAAAUGCAGAUGUAAAUAAAAAACAGCCGAAGAAUGGUUUUGUACCAUUAAGAAUAGCAAUUGAGAAGCAACAUACGGAUAUAAUUCGAUAUUUACUUUCUCUUGAACAAACAGACCCCACUAUUAAAGAUUUUACUAAUAUUUCACCACUCGUUGCCGGUAUUAUGAAAACGGAAAAUGAAGAAAUUCGACGUAUUAUUGAAAACUAUAUGAAAUCAAAUAAUAUUGUGUUGGAUAUCAAAGAAGAACCAGAAGAGACCGAUGAUGAAAUGGACGUCGAAUUUCAGGACGUUGAAGUCAAAACAGAAAAGCGAGAGUUUUCACCAGAAGAACUGGAGGAACUUUACGAGGGUAUCCACAGUUUAACACCGCAGUGUUUGGACACAGUUUCAAGUAUUUUGGACAUACACGAUAAUUGGAAAAAUCUGGCUCAAUUAUUGGAAAUGGAACAUUUAGUUGAUAGUGGUAUGAUCAAAUCCGAAGCGAAAGCAAUUUUGACUCAUGCAAUCGAGGCCAACCACGAUUGGACAAAUCCAACCUGUAUCUUUGCGUUACGUAACUUUUUGGAAAACUUGGACGAGAUCGAAGCUGUUGAAGUUAUGGACAAAAUGGUUUUUGAACUUAAAAAUAAGACAUAACUCAUUAUUGAUGUACAUAAAUGGUUUAAAUUAAUUUUAUUUUUCUAGAUAUCAACGUACCUUUAUUAUCUAGUGUUAUUUUUUAAUAAAAGAUUUAUUUACA